AGAGGACAGACUCUUAGAAGAAUCCGCUAUCGGCUGUGUGCACAACCGGAAUCAUGUCGAGUUUGGCGGUGAGAGACCCGGCGAUGGAUCGAUCACUGCGUUCCGUGUUCGUGGGGAACAUUCCGUAUGAGGCAACUGAGGAGCAGUUAAAGGACAUUUUUUCGGAGGUUGGUUCUGUUGUGAGUUUCCGGCUGGUAUACGAUAGAGAGACGGGAAAACCCAAGGGUUAUGGCUUCUGCGAGUACCAAGACCAGGAGACCGCGCUUAGUGCCAUGCGUAACCUCAAUGGGCGGGAGUUCAGCGGGAGAGCGCUUCGGGUGGACAAUGCUGCCAGUGAAAAGAAUAAAGAGGAGUUAAAGAGUCUAGGGCCUGCAGCGCCCAUCAUUGACUCACCCUAUGGGGACCCCAUCGAUCCAGAAGAUGCCCCUGAAUCGAUUACCAGGGCAGUCGCCAGUCUUCCCCCGGAGCAAAUGUUUGAGCUGAUGAAGCAGAUGAAGCUCUGUGUCCAAAACAGUCACCAGGAAGCUCGAAACAUGUUACUUCAAAAUCCUCAGCUGGCUUAUGCGCUGUUGCAGGCACAAGUAGUGAUGAGAAUAAUGGAUCCAGAGAUUGCUCUGAAAAUUCUGCAUCGCAAGAUACAUGUCACACCACUGAUCCCAGGCAAAUCUCAGUCUGUGUCUGUGUCUGGCCCUGGCCCUGGCCCUGGGCUCUGCCCAGGACCUAAUGUUCUGCUGAACCAGCAAAAUCCUCCAGCCCCUCAGCCUCAGCAUUUGGCUAGAAGACCUGUGAAGGACAUUCCUCCUCUUAUGCAGACUCCUAUCCAGGGUGGAAUUCCAGCUCCGGGGCCAGUGCCAGCUGCAGUUCCUGGACCUGGGCCUGGUUCUUUAACUCCUGGAGGAGCAAUGCAGCCUCAAGUUGGAAUUCCAGGGGUUGGCCCCAUGCCUUUAGAGCGGGGGCAAGUGCAGAUGUCAGAUCCUAGAGCUCCUAUACCUCGUGGACCCAUGACUGCUGGUGGCCUGCCUCCUCGAGGACUGUUAGGAGAUGCUCCAAAUGACCCACGUGGAGGGACUUUGCUUUCAGUCACUGGAGAAGUAGAGCCCAGAGGUUAUCUGGGCCCACCCCAUCAGGGUCCCCCCAUGCACCAUGCCUCUGGUCAUGACAGCCGCGGCCCUUCAUCACACGAGAUGAGGGGAGGGCCAUUAGCAGAUCCCAGACUGCUAAUUGGAGAGCCCAGAGGACCCAUGAUAGAUCAAAGAGGUCUACCUAUGGAUGGUAGAGGUAAUAGAGAUUCUCGAGGGAUGGAGACUCGAGCCAUGGAAACUGAGGUCUUAGAGACACGAGUAAUGGAGAGAAGAGGAAUGGAGACCUGUGGAAUGGAAACCAGAGGGAUGGAAGCAAGAGGCAUGGAUGCAAGAGGACUGGAUAUGAGGGGCCCUGGCCCCAGUUCGAGAGGCCCUAUGACUGGUGGAAUCCAGGGUCCUGGUCCCAUUAAUAUAGGGGCAGGUGGUCCUCAGGGACCCAGACAGGUCCCAAGCAUUUCAGGGGUGGGGAAUCCUGGAGCUGGCAUGCAAGGGGCAGGCAUACAAGGAGGAGGAAUGCAGGGGGCAGGUAUGCAAGGAGCAGGAGGAAUGCAGGGGGCAGGCAUACAAGGAGUGGGCAUGCAGGGGGCAAGCAAGCAAGGUGGAGGCCAGCCUAGCAGUUUUAGUCCUGGGCAGAGCCAGGUAACUCCACAGGAUCAAGAAAAGGCAGCUUUGAUCAUGCAAGUUCUUCAGCUGACUGCAGAUCAGAUUGCCAUGCUGCCUCCUGAGCAAAGGCAGAGUAUCCUCAUUUUAAAGGAACAAAUCCAGAAAUCCACUGGAGCUCCUUAAAAGGUUUUAGAAUAUACUUGGCUUUAGUUUCAGAAAAUUUAUUCUGUAGCAUGAAGAAUGGGUGCAAAAAGCUAACUUUUGCAUCCCCAUACUUGAAUGGUUAGGGUUUCCCUCCUCUUAGAACCUAGUGUCA